CCGGCUGUCGGAUGCGCGCUCGCAGUUUUCUGUUUUUUUUGGGGAGGGGAGACGAUGGAGUUUCUCUUGGGGAAUCCGUUCACCUCUCCGGUGGGGCAGAGAAUCGAUAAAGCCACUGAUGGCUCUUUGCAGUCAGAAGACUGGGGGCUGAACAUCGAGAUCUGUGACAUCAUCAAUGAGACGGACGAAGGACCAAAGGAUGCCAUCAAGGCCUUGAAGAAGAGGAUUGUGGGAAAUAAAAACUUCAAUGAAGUGAUGCUGUCGCUGACAUUAUUGGAGGCCUGUGUAAAGAACUGUGGGCACCGUGUUCAUGUGCUGGUGUCGAGUCGUGAGUUUGUCGAGGGGGUGCUGGUGAAAACCAUCCUGCCCAAAAACAACCCGCCAGCCGCCGUGCAGGACAAAGUGCUGAGCCUGAUACAGGCCUGGGCCGACGCCUUCCGCAGCUCCCCUGAUCUGACGGGCGUGGUCUCCGUCUACGAGGACCUGAGGAGGAAAGGACUGGAGUUCCCAAUGACUGAUCUGGACUCGCUGUCUCCUAUACACACCCCACACAGGAGUGUUCCUGAUUCAGACCCGGCUGUCAGACACCAGGGUUCAGUGAGAGGGCUCACAGCGCCCCCUGCUGUGCCCAACGAUACUGCAUGGGCCCUGCCUCCCCCAAUCGCAGAGCAGAGAGCCGCCCCGCCCCCGGACAGCAACCCAGACGGGCCAAUCGCUCUCUCCGCAGAGCAGCUCUCGAAGCUCUGCACGGAGAUGCAGGUUGUCAGGGGGAAUGUCACAGUGAUGUCAGAGAUGCUGGCGGAGAUGAGCUGCGGGCAGGUGGAGACCUCUGACCUCGAGCUGCUGCAGGAGUUGAAUCGGACGUGCUGCUCGAUGCAGCGCCGGGUUUUGGAGCUGAUUCCCCGCGUGGGGAACGAAGGGUUAACGGAGGAGCUACUGCUGAUCAACGACGACAUGAACAACGUCUUCAUGAGAUACGAGCGAAUGAAGAGGAGAGGAGGAGGGGAGGAGAGAGACAGAGAGGUUUCAGACUCCACCCCCGACACUCCAGCUCUCAUCCAGUCAGCAGCCGGCAGUACUGUGUCAGCUCCUCCUGUCGGCCAAUCAGCAGUGAGCUCUCUCUCCUCCCAGCUAGCCAGCCUCAACAUGGGUUCGAGUCCUGUCUCCGUCUCCAGUACCCUGCAGACCCUCGCCACUGCUCCCGGUGCCUCUAAACCAGUAGAGGAGGAUGAGUUUGACAUGUUCGCUCAAACAAGGAGCAGCUCCCUGGCAGACCAGCGCAAGCAGGUGCGCUAUGAGGACCCCCAGGCUGUGGAGGGGCUGGCAGGAGCGCUGGACACCAGACUGCAGAACACUGGAGCGGAUGACAUUGACUCGAAACCUCAGCCAGGGCCCGAAGGAGCCCCUUUCAGUCACUGGAUGGUGAACCAAGGCAUGAUCCCAGUCUCUCAGUCUCAUAUAAUGGAUGAUAUUGAACAGUGGCUCUCUGUUGAUGUGGUAAGAGAACAGAUUGAAGAGGAGGGCGUGACGAGCGAAGAGUUUGAUAAGUUCCUGGAGGAGAGAGCGAAAGCAGCAGACAGACUGCCCUCCUCCCCCUCCGCCACCCCCCCCAGCCAAGCCAGCCGACGCAGGCAGGAGAGCACAGAGGAGACGCUGUUCGCACUGUGAGAGAGAGAGAGAGAGGGAGAGGGAGAGACACGCACGCACGCACACACACACACACACACACUGAGGAAACGUUGUCCGCACUGUGAGACAGAGAUAGAUACACACACACAAACUGAGAUAAACAGACACACACACAUUGAGACACUGAGAGUGACACACACACACAC